UACUACAGGGGUGCGUUAUACAGUACCAAUCCAGUCAGGGACAAGAAUACUGCGCUAAAACAUAUCCUUUUCAAGAGGCACAAUUUGGCCUCUUGAUAACUUGACGUUUAUCCUUGGCUUGGAGGACAGUGGCAAGGUAAACCAUGAUCACCUUGCUCCUACUGUGUGUGUCUCUGCCCUUCGUCACCUCAACAAUAUCAUUUGAAGACCCUAGCGAUCUCUACAGUACCUUGAGUGUCAGCAUCCCCAUGGACGUGCCACUGCGCCCUCUGAUGGGCACCAAGGUGGUGGUGCCCUGCUACUUCCACGACAAUCCAAUCAACCACCCGGGCACACCCACUGUCGACCCCCUGUCCCACCGCAUCAAGUGGACAUACAUCACCAAGGGCAAGGCCAUCCUCAUCCUGGUGGCGUCGGAGGGCAAAGUUCACGUGGAGACGGAGUACCUAGACCGGGUCACCAUGGCCAACUACCCGCUGGUGCCCACCGACAUCACCAUGGAGAUCACGGAGCUGCGCUCCAAGGAUUCAGGCACCUAUCGCUGUGAGGUCAUGCACGGCAUCGAGGAAAACCAUGACUCGGUGGACAUCCAGGUUCAAGGUAUUGUGUUCCACUACCGAGCCAUCUCUACACGCUACACUCUGAACUUUGAGAGAGCCAAGGCUGCCUGUAUCCAGAACAGUGCCACCAUCGCCACCCCAGCCCAGCUACAGGCUGCCUUUGACGAUGGCUUCCACCAAUGUGACGCCGGUUGGCUAUCUGACCAAACAGUCAGGUACCCCAUCCAUGAGCCUCGUGAGGGUUGCUUUGGAGACAAGGAUGAGUUCCCGGGCGUGCGAACCUACGGCGUGAGAGAGGUCAACGAGACCUAUGACGUGUACUGCUUCGCACAGAAGAUGUCAGGCAGAGUGUUCUACUCUAUGUCCGUGGAGAAGUUCACCUUUUACCAGGCAAUGGACCAGUGUGCCAAACUAGGGGCCAAGCUGGCCACCACAGGGCAGCUGCACCUGGCCUGGAAGGCUGGCAUGGACGUGUGCAACGCGGGCUGGCUGGCAGAUAGAAGCGUCCGCUACCCUAUCAACAUUGCCAGGCCACAGUGUGGUGGAGGACUACUUGGAGUGAGGACCGUGUACCUGUUCCCUAACCAGACAGGCUACCCCUACCCAGACUCCCGCUACGACGCUAUCUGCUACCAAGAAGAAGACGGCGAAGUCAAGACGACCCCGUUCCCAGAGGUGGCCACCAUCACAGCUGGCCCCAUGGUUUACCUGGGGCGUACCACCGCCCCUGAGGCUGAGGCACAAGGGGAGGUUCUGACCCAAGCCCCCCUGGAUACCACCAGCAUGGAACUGCCUUUACCCAUCCUCCCCAGUGUGAAUGACACAUAUGCCAAGGUCACCCCGGUCGUGGGGGAAGAGAUCAUCAGCAGGGUGACAGCUAAACCUAAUGUGGCCUCCGAGUUCCCUCGUGACAAUGACACUGACAUGUCUCCUACAGGUGUAGUGUUCCACUACCGUGCUGGCUCCAGUCGCUAUGCCCUGUCCUUCGUGGAGGCCCAGUUGGCCUGUCAGAGUGUGGGUGCGGUCAUCGCCAGCUCUCAGCAGCUCCAGGCAGCCUAUGAGGCAGGGCUCCACCACUGUGAUGCAGGCUGGCUCAGGGACCAGAGCGUCAGGUACCCCAUCCUGUCUCCCAGAGAUAAGUGCUCAGGGAAUCUGGAGCAUCUCCCAGGGGUGAGGUCCUACGGCCUGAGACCCGCUACCGAGCGAUACGAUGUCUACUGCUAUGUGGACCGCCUCAAGGGGGAGCUGUUCUACACCAGCGACUAUGACAGCUUCUCCUAUGAGGAGGCCGUGGCCUACUGUCAGAAGCUCAACACCACGCUAGCCACCACAGGGCAGCUCUAUGCCGCCUGGAGACAGGGCUUUGACAAGUGCCGUCCAGGCUGGCUGCAGGACCGGAGCAUCCGCUACCCCAUCCACAACCCCAGGCCCCACUGUGGAGGAGGCAAGGCUGGGGUACACACCAUCUACGCCUUCCCCAACCAGACGGGACACCCUGACCAGCACUCCAGAUACGACGCAUACUGCUUCAGAGCUGAACCUACGAUUAUUCACACUGAAACCAGACUCAACGUUACUGUAGUUGUCGAGGAGGAAAUGAUCAACAUGACAACCAGAACGGACCAAUUGACUCCUGUGAGCCCCAUCGUACCACCUGUAUCUGUGGAUGUGUCCGGUUCAGGCUUAGCUGAGCAUUCUACCAGUGGUAGUGGCAGUGGAACCCCUGGUAGCGGAGGUACAUCUGGUGGGGCCAGUGGCGAGGGCUCCGGGUCUGGCUUCCAAGUCACAUUCGAGGGCAGUGGGCACAUCUUGUCAGGACAGGGCUCUAGCUCUGGAGGUCUACAGGAGGCAGUAGAGGGGAGCACCACUGUCACUUACACCGGGUCUGGGAAUAGUGGCUCCGGGGUGGGGGUGGGAGAGUUCAGCGGUGGGCUACCGUCUGGUGUCCUUCCCCACUCCGGUAGUGGCAGUGGGGUAUCUGGGGACCUGAGCGGUAGCGGGGACUCUGUCAUCAUCAUGGUGGACGGAGAGAUGGUGGACAUCUCCAAGCAGCAGCCCACCGGACAGGAGUUUGGACAAGGAGGUGUGGAUGUCAGUGGCUCCAGUGGAGUGUCCGGAUCGGGUGGCUUCUUCAGCGGGGAUGUGACCAGCACUUCUGGCUCUGGACUUCCCGACAUAUCUUUUGAGCAUUCAGGUCUCAUUGACCUGACCGAGAAUCCCUCGGGAGAGCAGGAGGUCUCUGGCUACCAGCCCUUCGCCUCUGGUUUUCCAAGCGGUUUCCCCUCCAGUUAUCCUUCCGGUUUUCACAGCGGCUCUGGAUUCCCAUCCAGUGGUGACGGAUCCCACUCAGGCCAUGAGGUCAUCUUCCUGACAGAAGACGGGAUGAUGGAGGUGACAACACAGCGGCGUCCGGAGCAGGGUCGGGGUUACGUAGAGGUCAGUGGUGACGGCAGUAGCCAGCAUGAAGGGAGCACCUCAGCCAGUGGGCUCUCCCUGGGGGAGUCAACAGUCGCAGAAGGCGUGGUGCUGCCCCCUGGGUCUACCAUGACUUACCCAGAGCAUAUCACCUAUCUGGGAAACACAGGAAGAGGGGAUGACCUGGACCUGGUGGAGGAAGGCCAGGAGCUGGAGGGCCAUGAGCAGAAAGGGCAGGAGCAAGAAGGACUGGAAGGGUCCAUGGAGACAAUCAAUGUCACGGCACCAUCUGCAUUCUUCUCUAGCCCAACAACAGCAACCGCCGUCUCAAUGGUGACCCCUGUUGUGGUGGAGGAGCCUGCUGUAGUUGACGCACUGCAGGGCUGUGCCGAAGGCUGGGUGGAGUUCAUGGGGAGCUGCUACAUGCACUUUCUAGAGAGAGACACCUGGCCCGACGCCGAGCAGCGCUGCCAAGAGCUCAACUCCCACCUGGUCAGCAUCACCUCCCAACAGGAGCAGGAGUUUGUCAACUCUAACGCUCAGGACUAUCAGUGGAUUGGACUCAAUGACAAGGACGUGCAGAAUAAGUUCCGCUGGACAGAUGGGAGUCCAUUGGAAUUUGAGAACUGGAGGCCCAACCAGCCGGAUAACUACUUUAACUCUGGAGAGGACUGUGUAGUGAUGAUCUGGCAUGAGAACGGCCAGUGGAACGAUGUUCCCUGCAACUACCACCUGCCCUUCACCUGCAAGAGUGAACCUGUCGUGUGCCACUCCCCUCCCGAGGUGGACAAUGCCAGGCCGAUGGGCAGCAGAAGAGACCGCUACCCCGUCAACUCUAUCGUCCUCUACCAGUGUGACGCAGGCUUCACACGGCGCCACCCGCCUGUUGCACGCUGUCUUCCCGACGGGCGGUGGGAGGAGCCACAAGUGGAGUGUAUAGGACCUGGUGCCACCCCCAGCAACCGACUACAUAAGAGGUCCAUCAGGAGACGGUCUAAAGCAACCAACAGUCGGUCAUGGCGGGAGCUUCUCUAAGCAGGACUGAAGGGACACACUAAAAGAGAACCAAAUGGACCGCUCUUGUAAAGAAACAUUGAUAUUCAAUGCCAUUUUGCCUGACCUAAAGAGAUAAAGUUCCCACCAGGGGUGGAAAUGGGGAAAAGUUACUUUGGGAACCCACCAAUGAAAUAAUCCUUGAAUUCACCCACCUGUAGCUAAUUUUUACAUGUCAAAAUGAUUGAAUUCCCUCAUUUCCACCCCUGAUUCCCAUCAUGUGUAUAUAUACACAUAUAAACACCAAAGCACAUUAGACAUGAUUUUGAUAGUCCGACUGACAAUGUUGAUCUCUGAGUGUCACUCUGUGCCUUUGUGGGGGAUAUUUGGGCAGUGGUUCUCAACCUGGGGUACCAGCAACCCUGGGGGUACCUGGCCUAUCCACAGGGGGUACUUGGGAAGACUCGAAUAUGUAUAAUUGAGAGGAUACUUUGUGCAGAGCAUUAUGGACCUGAUUUCGCAAUAAACGAUGCCUUUCUUAUG